GGUUGACUCGAUGAAGAAAAGAAACCAGCACAGGUUGCUGCAGGGUACCGGGUACACGGUAGGCCUACUGAGACUGGGUGUUCGUUACUUUUAGGACCUGUUCCUAUGAAAAGGAAACAAAGCCCACUUUCUCAAACUAACAAACAUUUUGUCCUUAAGGAACCAUUACUCAAUCUGAUAGCCCAGUCUAGCUGAGUUACGUGACUCAGGCAUUUUGGAUUCAUCAGAGUGCAGUGUAAAGGAAGUUCUCCAAGUCCCCUACAGAUUCUUUCGAAAAGUAUGAAAAGAGGUGUCUGUUUGGGCCAAGAAAUUGUGGGAUUGUGUUAACUUUCAUUGAAGAGGUACUGGUACCCCGGUACUAUGGUCCAUGGCUGUUGCGAAAGUUUUUCCCUGCUUGAUUUCAGCAAGAUGGAACUGCCAGCAUUUCUCUUAGUAUGUGGAGGCCCCCAGGUUGACUGGUCUGAUCGUAAUUUAGCCCUGGCUGCUACUAACAUUAUGUUCAAUCCACUUUUCUGGAAUAUUAUGGCAAGGUUUGAGUUUAAAACAAAGACGAUAAGCAAGCUUUGUGGAGGUCCCCGUAUGGGAUGUGUGUUCUUAGGUGCAACCAUUUUCUUCCUAUCUGCAGUUAGAGGACGCAGGUAUCAGUUGGUGUUAUAUCAUCAGCCAGUAUGGACUGCCUUUCAGACACCUCUGGUUCAUUAUGUUGGAGUUGCCAUCACUGCUUUGGGGUUGAUCUUCACUCUUUCCAGCUUUUUUACCCUUGGAUUUUAUGGAACUUUUUUAGGUGACUAUUUUGGCAUUGUGAUGGAGCAUCGUGUUACUGGUUUUCCUUUUAAUUUGAUGGAAAAUCCAAUGUACUGGGGAACAACUAUGGAAUACCUUGGAUAUGCCCUGUGGUAUGGUCCAAGUCCAGCUGGUUUACUACUCACUGUGCUGCUAGCAAUAUGCUAUAAAAUUGCCAUUGUAAUUGAAGGGCCUCAUACGGAUGAAGUAUAUCCUGAACAUGAUAAAAUUGAGGACAAAAAGCAUCAGUGAAUUUUAUGUUGACCUAGAAUCCAUGAGGCUCCAUUCCCUUGACGAGAAUCCUCUGCAUAAUCCUGGUGGGUAUAUAACUGCACUUGUCUUGACCAGGGAAAUGUGGGUUAGUUUUGCAUAUAGGUCAUUCCAUGUCAAAUCAACACUUUUGGACAUCGAUCUUGCGGUUUCUUGCAAUUUGCUAGGAUUGUUUGGUCACGAGAAACCCCCAAAUUUAUAUAUUAAUGUUUUUGAUCAAGUGGUUUGUAAUUUGACCUUCAAAAUUCUCACCAUAACUCCUAAUGCCUAUAUCAGCAGUUUGAAAGGCCAGAUGGAGAUGAUUUUAUCAUAAAUCAAAGCCCACAAGCUAAUAAAUUGCUUGUUCUUAAAUAAGAUUGCAAAAUUUAGAAUUUUAGCAUGAGAUCAGGCAACAUGAAGUUGACCCUGGCAGGUCAAAUAUAAUUCAAAGAUAACUUGGCAGUCCCGGUUUAAUAUUUGACAUAUCAUCAGAUGGUGUAUACUACCUUUAAUUUAAGUUACUAAUAAUCUCCAUCUGCUUUUCCUGAAUGGAAAUAAGGGCAUUCAAAGUGCUGAUACAAAAAUUGGAAGGCCAGAAACCCGUAACUCACAAACUAUUUAACCCAAAUGGUAAUAUACCGGUUACUUUGGGGUUUUUCUCAUAUGACCCAACAUUCCCAGAAAAUGUCAGGAAGAUCUGUGAGAUUGAUGUCUGAUGACCAGUACUACAGAUAAUGGAUUGAGUGAAUAAUACAUUGGAUCAAUGUUAAUAUGGAAAUAAAUAUAUGCUUAGUCAGUCUUUAACACAGGUUUAAGACCAGCUGAGGAGAGUGGAUGCUGAUAAUGAGGGACAUUGUCAGCGUCUCUGGAGCCUGUCUAAAAUGUCAUUUUAAGAACGGCCAACUACAGAUUUAUUCCCAUUCAUAAAUAUCAUUUGUGUCAGAAAGUAAAAAAAAAAAUAAAAUGUCAGAAAUUGAACAAUUUCAUUCAACACUUUGACUUAAUUUUUUUCCAAACACUCCUCCAGCCAUGGCACAGUAUGUGCCUCUUGCAUACAUGUAGUCAAAACAGUCUCUUCAUAUGGAGAUUGGCACAUGCAAAAGUGAACCAGUGUCAUGUGAUUUAUGGAUUCACAAAUGCAAAGUCAUAUGUAGUAUUUCUCAAAGACAAUACACUUGCUCAAGUGUAAAUUGUGAACGUUCAGCCAAUACAAGGGAAAGGGACCAGAUAUCAUACGAGUCCUUAAUUUCAUGUGACAGUGGAAAAAUGUUAUCAGCCAGCUGGUGCUUUAUCAACCAGUUAAGACUGACCAAGUGACUGGCUCUUGACAAAUAGGAAUGGCUGAACUGACCUAGGUAUUUAAAAAUUAAGAGUUUGUAUUGACAAAAGGUUGUGAAAACAACAAGAGUUGAGUCCUGUUUUUUUUCAGGAACUUGGUUAAAUUGAAAAAGUUGGAAUUCCAUAGUGUGUCUGCAAACUCCAUACAUCCUAGUGUUGUCGUUCAGUCUGUCAUAAGUCUUCCAAAAUUCAACACAAGUACAUGAAUUGUAAUCUGCAGUUGUAUGCUAUUAGGCCAUUUACAUCCUCAUAAAUUAAAUCACUUGUUAAAAUUGCAGUUUUCAUAUUCAGAUGAUUAAAAAUCACUAAUUUAGAUCAUAUGUAAAAAACAUGCAAAAGUGUUGUUAUUCCACCCCCCAUAUUUUUUUCAACUGAUGUACAUGUACCUGUGUUAAGCCAUGUUUCCAUAUAUAGUCGUAAUGAAUGCCAAUGGCACACAAGAUGUCAAGACGUAAACAAGUGUGGAAGAGACGGUGUGUGAUGUCAUUCCACGAAGAAAAUUAAAGAAAACAAAAAUAUUAAUUUAAAAAUAUUAAUUUUAGUAUUAGUGAUUGGUAUUUAGGUGGCAAUUUUAGGUGGCAAUACCACAUCUUGGACAUGUAUAUUUGGUCCCUGGCCUAGGUUGGACGCCAGUCUUCAUUGCAUUACGACUCACGUCCAAGUUCUAAGACUGGUGUGCUGCUUCUUUCUGUUUUUGGCUUUUUCACAAUUUUGCGAAAAAGGUUGUCUUUUUGUCUAGAUUUUUUUUGUCUUCUCCAAUAGGGCAUGGGAUUUUGUACAUGUUUCUUCCACCGUCGACUUUAGUGCCUUUGCUGCGUUAGAUCUUAAUCAAACUUUCACCAUUGAAGGACCUUUAUACAUGCAAUUGUCUAAAAGAAUGACAGCAUGAUGACGUCAGUAACUAAUGUAUUAUUGAUUUUAUAUUUAUUUUUCAGCCCAUUGACUUUGUACACGUUUUCAAGGCAACAUUUUUAUAAUGUAGCGAUCUUCAAUCAUCCUGAAAGUUACAUGCAGCAAAGAAAAUAAAGCAAAGAUAAUACAAAAAUAAUCAGGUCAUGAUGAUGUCAUCAAGUAAUUUAUUAUUAAAU